AUGUCAACUGUGCCCUGGAAUAUAACCACAACUACUGUCAAAGUAACAUCCACUAUUCCAACCCAAAUGACAUCCAUUGAAACAAGUACAAUAGUGAGUACAACAACAACUACAACGACGACAUCGAGUUUACCGACGACGACAACAACAACAGUCAAAUUAGAAGAAGAAACUACAAAAGCUAAUAUUGAAGAUAAUAAAUCCUAUGAGUUUCAAUCAAAUUUUAGUCGUAAUAAUGAUUCAGUAUUCGUUACUCUUCAUUCAAACGUAUCGAAUGCAAAUGUUUCUAUUAAUAAUACAUUUACAAGUAUUAAAAAUGAUAAUUCUUCAUGUGAAAUUUUAUUUAAUGAACAAUCAAUGCAGCCAAGUAAAACUAUUAAUACCAAAAUUCUGAUAAAUUUCAAUGGAUCAAUGACACGUGAAUUAGCAAUUCAACUUGGUGAUCGUUUCAUCGACAUUGCAGACCUCUUAUUAACAGUUCACUCUGUGGCUAAUGGAAACAAUUCAAUAAAAACUGUUUAA